CCACUGGGCUGCCACAGACCAGUAACAGCAGUGAGGUGCUGGGGACUGUUCAAAGGCCACAUAUAAUUUAGAUCGUUACUGGUUCCAUGAACAUCCCAGGACCAGAGUUAAUAUUUGCUUGUAUUUGACAUUGCUUAAGGGGAACACCCAACAUCACCGUAGAUGUUGUUUCCCCACGGUGGAUGCCCAUUUUAGAUCUUAAUCACCCACUCUUCAAAAAUCUCUCCAUCAUGGUCCACAUAUCGAAGGCUAAGCCUUUGGCAGAAGACAAUGGUGUGAAGAAAACUAACCAUGUGAUGAUGGUGUUCUACUGGAUUAACAAGAAUAUCCUAGAAAGGAAAUGGUGCCCUACCCUUCCUGACCCUUGCCCACCUCCCCUGGAAUGCACAUCGCCUCGUAGCUCGCCCUACUUCACCAGGAGCAAGACAAAACCCACUAAUCUCAGGAGAUGCUCCAGGCACAAGAUGCGUCUUCGACAGAAAGCAAGAGCCUCUUCAGCGAUGCCUGCCAUUAGUAGCCUAGUUGAGAAGAAAGUCUACAGGCGUCACAAGCACCGGAAGAAGCAAAAGAAAACAAAAAAUGUGGCAACGGACACGAAGGAGAUCGAAGAGCGUCCUGAUUGCCCUCUCGACAGAGAACAACUGGGGAGAAACUCGUGGUCUUUUCUUCACACCAUGGCAGCCUAUUACCCAGAACGACCCAGUAAAAUUCAGCAGCAAGAAAUGGUGCAAUUCAUCCACUUAUUUUCCAAGGUUUUCCCUUGUCCGGAAUGUGCAGAGGAACUGAGAGAAAGAAUACAAGGAAACCAACCCAAAGCCACCAGCAGACGUGACCUGACGCAGUGGUUUUGCCGGCUUCACAACGAAGUGAAUAAGAAACUGGGGAAGCCUCAGUUCGAUUGUGCCCUUGUAGAUGAACGCUGGCGAGAUGGCUGGAAAGACGGCUCCUGCGAUUAGGCACCCUGCUGGGAAUAGGAUCGGGUGCACUGAAUCUUUUUUUUUUUUUUUUUAAUGAUGAUAAUGAUAAUGGUGAACAACAAAAUCAUGCCAAGUGUGGACUUCUGCCAAAGCAUACAGCUGUGUGUUUGUGCUGGGGUUGAUAUGAUGGAGGCAGGGUGUGGGGGUGAAUAGGUGCCUGCCGUCUUGAUGGUUUCUGGUUCUGGAAAACGUGAGCAUCAGCAAUUCCUGUAAUUUUAUGGGAAGCGGUUCUGCUGGCUGUUUUCCUCCCCCAACAGUCUGAGACUCUUCCUCCGAUAUACUUACCAGCAGAUGCUGCCUCAAAAACCCAGGCAGCGCUUUUUCUGGCUUAAAAAACAAACUCCUCCAGGACCUGCCCUGAGGCUGAAUAAAGAUUUCAGAGUUCCAGGUACCAGGUUUGCAUCUCUAGGUUCCCACAGCUUUGCCCCCCUACCUUGAUCUUCACCUUUUUCCUUUGUUUUAGUUGCUUGUGUCUGUCUGUGAUGAACAGAUCCUGCUUCGAAUCAAUAUGCUUCCUCACAAUCUGGGGUGUUUUUAAAAAGACUGUCACAGUAACUUAACAACUCUGAAACGCGCCAUCCUGACACUUCUGCAGGCUUCUCUUCCUCCCCAGGAAGUGGCUGCAUUGUUGCUUCAAUGGGAUACUUAAAACAAGAUUUGUAGGAUUGUAGGAUUUCAGUCACUGAAGGCAAAAAGGCUCGAGGCAGGGAAAGCAACACCAUCCAUGUCCAUGAAGCCAGGUAUCUCAUUUCAGUUGUUUUCAACAAACAUUGUAUUACUUUUUCUUUCUGUGGCCAUUGCAAAGAAUAAUCCAGACUAUAAACAGAAGGAAAUCCUGUUUAUGGAAGCUCAUGUAAUAGAUUUAAAUGAAUACAUUUUGGUUGGGAAAAUUCAUGGAGGAUAUAUGAGUCCACAGAAUUGGAAAGAUUCACUGUGCUGCUUUUUCAAGCAAGUGUUCCUUCCUUUAGCCUACCAGAACAUUGUGCUCCAAAGAUUCCAAGACCUAAGUGAGAGAUUCAAAGAAGAAAUGGAUGUGCUCUGAGCAUAUGGAGGCAGUGGUUGUCCGUGGUAGCUCUGUUCAGACAUUCAAGCCGCAUAGAUUGGAGGAGGAAGCUGCACCUUGCUAAUCGACAUGUGAACACCUGAAAGCCACCCUACACAGAGAACAGGGCCUUUCUGGUUUCUGUUAUGAGCUUCUAGUCAUUAACUGGAUUUAUAGAGGAAUUACAGAGGAACCUUGGGGCAGGUGUGUGCGCGUGCAUCUGGAAUUCAAGCAUCCUGCACUGCUCAGGGUCCUGUUUGUACAAAAACAUACUUACAAAGCUGCAGUCGACAUCUUACAGGAGGACUACAAUGUGCACCCCAGACUUGUCCUUGUUAGGGAGUGCUUUGUGCACGGUGGGACUGCAGGCAGAUGCACACAUCCAGAGGAACUGGGGGAAAUUUAAACCUCACACUUGUUUGGGUUAUGCAUCAAAUGGAUUAGGCACUCUGCCAUUUUGAAUGGAAACACCACACCCACUCAUAUCUUGAUUUAUCUAGAUUUAUUUUCUUCAUAUAAUCGCCCCCUAGACACAAACUACUUGAAUUCCAUUUCUGGCCAAAAUGAAGCCCACCCUUCUGCUGGUGUACUGCAACCCAGAGCACAGAAUUCCCUGUAGUACAAGGAGACCCCCCUGUGCUCAGCCGGAGACCACUCCACGAGCCCAGCCCCCAGCCCUUCAACCCCCUGCCUUAGUGCUAACGUCACUGCUGCCCACUGCUCCAACCAGCCUGGGUCAGGAUUGGCACGAGGAGCGGCAGAGGAAGCGCCACCCUCUAGCUACAUACGUUUGCUUGAAUGCUCUAAAGGGUCUCUGCACAUACAACUGUCUGCUGCAUACAUCUUCGCAUGCAGGGCUGCUUUCAGGGGGAAGGAACACCUGCCCCAAGGUCCCUCUGUAAGUCCUCUAUAAAUCCAGUUAAUGACUAGAAGCUCAUAACAGAGACCAGAAAGGCCCUGUUCUCUGUAUCUCACCAUGUUGCCCUAGAUGCCAUUUUUAAAAUCCCUUUAUAGUUUAGGUUUCCAAUCUAGGAUCUUAUCCUCAAAGUUCACAUCUGCUGUACAACAUAGACCUUGUGGGCACAAUGCAAUGCCAUGUCUUGUCCUGGUGCAUGGCAUGGUGGCCACCGAGCUGUCAACCUUUCUCUCCCCCCAUCUAUGGGUCAAAUUAAAAUCCCCCAGUAGGUGGGUAAGAGGGUUGGUGGGGAAUGGCGGGGUGGGAUCACACUAGCUGGGGCCUCAUGGUGCCUGUAUAGGUGCAUCUGCAGCCUCCAGGCCAGAACCUGGCCACCUUGUGUGGCCUUUUGCUAAAGCCAAACAAGGCUGAGCUCAAGAGAAGACCGGGACGGUGUGUUGCGGGCUUAGAUGAACAUUUUGAGCCGCUCUGAAGAAUUCCUUCUUGGCCAUUUCUGUUCAUUGAUAAGGAACUUGAAUAAUUUGAAAGUCCGUGAUGAAGGCAAUUGUAAAGUGUGUCUCAAAAUGUAUUUAUUUCCUGCCUGAUGACCAAACAAUAAAGAUUUCAUUUAUGUUCCUCUC